AUGGCACACGUAUUAGGCAAGCGUGCUACCACCGUGCCACAGCGGCAGCGGGCAACGGCGCGUACUACAUUGGUUAAUGGUAGAGAUUUCCCAGCGUGCACCACGAAGCCCGAACACUGCGAGCUGUUCGGCCUGACGUACGAGCGCAGCGCCCCUGACGGCGGCGACGACGGCGACGAGCCGUGCAGCAGCGGCGACAAGGUGCUAUGUAGCAGCCUCGCACCGACCACCGCCCAGGUAGACACUCCGGCACACACGCUCAACGUGCUCACCUACAAUAUACAGGAGCGAUUCUGGUUCAUCUCGCACGACGGACAGCGCGAGAGGUCGUGCCGCAUCCCCGCCGUGCUGCGACGCGCCUUCCCAGACGUCGACGUCAUCGGUUUCCAGGAAGUCUUCAUGGGCGGCUGCUUCCCGUUCCGUCUCUCGCUGCGCGAUCUACUGGCGCAACACGGCUUCCCAUACACCACCCGCACCGUCGGCGCAAUAUGGCCGCCGCCGUCGCUCGCAGACGCCGACCCCGACGCCUCCAAGGUCGAGCCUAAUGUCGACUCCAAUGUCGACCACAAGCCUUCCUUCUCUUCGUCUUCAUUAACGCACGACCACGACGCCUCCAAGGUCGAUUCCAAGGCCUCCAAGGUCGACCGCAAGGUCGGUCUCCAGAUCACUAACGGAGGGAUCUUCAUCGCCUCGCGCUGGCCGAUCGUGCGCGAGGCCCAGCACGUCUACGAGAACGCAGACGCCUUGUCGUGGGACGCGUUCGCCAAGAAGGGCGUCGCCUACGCCGCCGUCAACAAGACGGACGCCAGUGGCGCCACCAAGCUGUACCACGUCUUCAGCACGCACCAGCAGACGGGCGUCGUCUGGGAGACGAAGGUCGGGCAGGCACGCGAGCUGCGGGAGAUGGCGCGUCGGCUCGGUGUCCCCUCGGACGAACCGGUCGUCUACGUCGGCGACUACAACGUCGAUCUCUACACGGAGCCGACGCUGCUUGCCGACGUCCUGUCGGCGAUGUCGGCACAGCUUCCGGCCGUCGUCGGCCCGCGCGCGUGCACGGUGUCGUCGGAGAACGACUUCUACCCGGAGCCGAAAUGCGACUGGGUGGACUACACGACGUACAGCCGCGACCACCAGCGCCCCCUGCACGCGACAAUGGAGUCCGUGCGCCCUCUGGCGGACGAGCCGUUUCCGGUGUGCUACGACAGGGGGAAGAUCUUCCGGCUGGGGUACAUGUGGCCGGACGACGAUCGUUGUCGGAACAGAAACGUGCCCCUGACGGACCUCGCCGAUCAUUUUCCUCUCCUCGGUAGAUUCGUGUUCCCCAAAUGAGUAGCUUGGAAAGUGGAGUGAUGCUGAUGUUGAUGUUGAUGUUGAUGU